UCUUUCCCUCUCUCCUCUCCUUCCCUUUCCCCCUUCCUAUCCCUUCAUCUUGUCAGGCAGAUCUGGAGAUCUGGACGUGGCAGGGGUUGGGUCUCUUUCUUUCCUUCCUCUCCUUUUUCUUUCUUUCUUUCUUUCCCUUCCUUCUCUUUCUUAAGAGUAGGGAGUGACAGAUGGUGGGCCCGCUUUCCCCAGGGAGCGAGAUCUCCCUCCACGCGAGCGCCUGUCAAUCAAGGCAGCUCAUGUGAUAACUCCAGCGGAUGACGUGCCAGCCAUAUGGUCUGGCAUCAGAGUUGGUACCCCCUCUGCCUGCUCGAAGCGUGCCACUUCCCUCCUCCUUUUGGAUAAGACACUGAAGGAGACGGGGUUGAACCUCAAGGAGUCGUGUGCCCCCCCCCCAACGUGUUUUUUUCCCCCUUCCCCUCCUUACUCCCAAAAGAUGCGGGGUACGAGGACUUGAGGAUUCCUCCGCUCAUCUUUGGAGCCACCAUGUUGACGCGCCUCUUCAGCGAGCCCAGCCUGAUCCCCGACGUCCAGAAGUUCUCCGCUUGGGCCGAGGCCUGCGAGGAUGACGAGGACGAGGACGACGAGGCCAGCGACAAGGAGGAGCCGCGGAAGAGCAAGGAUGAGAGCCAGGGCGACGGAGGGGGCGGUGGAGGAGGAGGGGGCUCCGUCAAGGAGGAGAACGAGCUAGGCGGCGGGGGAGAGGACGACGACGACGAGGACGAGGAGGACGGCGGCCUGGAGGAGGCCGAAGGCGACCGCCCCAAGAAGCGGGGCCCCAAGAAGCGCAAGAUGACCAAGGCCCGCCUGGAGCGCUCCAAGGUGCGGCGCCAGAAGGCCAACGCCCGUGAGCGGAACCGCAUGCACGACCUCAACGCCGCCCUGGACAACCUGCGCAAGGUGGUGCCCUGCUACUCCAAGACGCAGAAGCUCUCCAAGAUCGAGACGCUGCGCCUGGCCAAGAACUACAUCUGGGCCCUGUCGGAGAUCCUGCGCUCGGGCAAGCGGCCCGACCUGGUGGCCUACGUGCAGACGCUGUGCAAGGGCCUGUCGCAGCCCACCACCAACUUGGUGGCCGGCUGCCUGCAGCUCAACUCCAGGAACUUCCUCACCGAGCAGGGGCCCGACCUGGGCGGCAGGUACCACGGGGGGCCCGGCGGGGGCGGCGGGGGCUUCGGCGUGGGACCCCACCACCCCUACGGCUACCCCUGCGCCCGCCUCUCCGGGGCCCAGUGCGGAGGCGGCGGCGGCGGCGGCGGCGGCGGCUCCAGCAGCUCCCACGCGCUCCGGACUCACGCCUACUGCGCCGCCUCCUACGAGGCCCUCUACGGCGGCAACGCCUCGCCGGACUACAACAGCUCCGAGUACGAGGGCCCGCUCAGCCCGCCGCCGCCGCUCUGCGUCAACGGGAACUUCUCCCUCAAGCCGGACUCCUCCCCCGACCACGAGAAAAACUCCUACCACUACUCUAUGCACUACUCCGCCCUGCCCGGGGCGCGCCCCGCCGGACACAACUUGGUCUUCGGCGCCGCCGCGGCCGCUGCCGCCGCCGGGAUGCGAGGCGGGCUCCACUCCGAGAACGUUUUGCCUUACGAGAUGCACCUCCACCACGAGCGGGGGCCCAUGUACGAGGAGCUCAACGCCUUCUUCCACAAUUAACGCCGCCGGCCCUCUCCCCGGUCCGUUUCUAGGUCCCCCAUACGCACACACACACAGACACACAUCUUAGCCAGGGGCUCAGCUACACUGGCCACUUAAGGGACUCCAACCAGUCAUGAGUCUUCAAAGCUCCCUGUCCGCACUGACCAGAUGAUUACAUAGAAAAUCCUAGAAAGUAGUUUGAGGCCUGGAUGGUGAUUUUAUAUAUGAUUUCGAGUCAAACUAUUGCAUAAAUAAGUAUAAAAAUGAUAAAAAUAGAGGGAACACAAGCAGCUAAAUAAUUUUUGACCAAAACCAGGCAACAACGACCGCAUAGUCUGUAGCUUUCAAGAAUUCUUCCUCUUUGCAUGAGACAGGGCACUGUGGGCAUUGGGCAAGCAUAAAGAUGCUGAGUUGUUUGUCUUUUGAUCUGCCCACUCCGUUUCUGAGUUUGUUCAGGGACUUCUUGGUUUGCUCCUGGAAGAAGAAUCAUUUGGGAUUUCCAGGUUUAGCUGCCCAGAGGGAUACUCUUGCUGUUACUGGGGGAACAUUAAGAGUAGUGAUUCUCAUGAAGCUUUUCCUUGAUUUGAGUCUGAUAGCCAUGCAGUGGGUGGCUUUCACAGUGUUCAGCCUUAUUUCUUUCCCAAUUAGCAGCAACUCCCAGUUGAUUAAUUUAUAUGAUUAAUUUAUUUUAUUAAUAAAAUAAAUCUGGGGACUCAAAGCGGCUGACAACCUGUUGUGGAAUCUGAUCUCUUAGACUUAAAAUAACCCCAGUUGGGGUGAUUCCACCAUAAAUAUAGCAGAGUAUAUUUAUGAAGUAAACUUCAUAACCAGCAGAAACUUACGUGUGGUGAGCUAGGAUAAGCUUCCAUUCCUCAGAAUGGUUUAGGAUUGCAGAGUCAGAACUUUAGGGUCAAAAAUAUUUAUUGAAGUACAAAAGAAAUACAUUCUUGAUAGAAAAGAUAUUGGAGCUAACUAGCUUACUAAUUUCAUCUUCUAAAGAAGGUAAAAGGUAAAAGUAUCCAUGCAGCUUCAUUUGCCUAGAGAGAGGCAAAAUGUGUGUCCUCACGGUAGAAAGAAAAGCAGAAGACAAUGGUGAAUGGUCACAUGGCCAACUAAGGGCAAAAAAAAAAACUUUUAAAAAGGGAAGUUGACUCACCGAAUUCCAUUACUGCAUCAUCAAAGGGGAAUGGAGACAAUGGGUAGCAGGAGGAGGAAAGGCAAAGCCCUUUUGUGGGGGGGAUGCAUAGGAAUGUGGGGAAAGGAAUCCCUCAGCUUGACCCUGUCUCUAGACUUAGCUACUCAUUGAGAACUGGAGACUUGAUGACACAAGAGACUUCUGCAAUUCAGGGAUGAAACCCAACACAACUACACAAUCCAGUAACAGUGGGAUGUUUUGUGGCUUCCGGGAUAUAUGGCCCUGUUCUUAGCAUCUUAAGCAGCAUUUUCUCCAAACGUUUCCAUCGGAAACCACACAACAGCCCAGUGAUUUGAGAGGCUUAGACAAUACAUACAUCCAACAAUGAUUUGAACGAUUUGAAAGAAAACAAACACAGUAAUUAAAUAUUCAUCAAAUACAUCAAAUAAAUACAACUAAAAUGACAUUUAAAACUGACCAUCCUCCCCAAAUCCCACCCACAACUUCCCCAGCAGCGUGGCCUUCAUCCUCCCCCAAAUAUCUUUGGCAAGCAGGGGUGGGGCCAUCCGGGUCUCUCUUGAGAGGGAGUUCCAAAGCCAGAGGAACCACUGAAAAGCCCUCUCCCUGGUGCACAUUAGGGGUUUUCUUUAAUGUUGUGGGAGUUUGUUGUCUGGCCCCCACAGUUUGAAGCUUGCUUUGAACUGCAUGAAAUGGUUAGUAUAGAUAGGACUUGGGCGGUGCUUAUAGGCUCCCACCCUGUUCCUGGAUCUUCAGCAUCCGUGGUUCAAGAUGGUGUUUUCCUUUCCCUAUCCCCCACCCCUUAUUCAUCACAGGCCCCAUCCAUACUGACCAUGUAAUGCAGUUCAAAGUUAGCUUCAAACUCGGGCAGCCAGACAACAAAUUCCAACAAAAGCUCAGGAAAGAAAGCUUUUAAAUCAGCAAUCUGUGUUGAUAUAGCCACCAUCCCGGCCUCCAAGUGGUGCCAGGGUUUCCUAUGUAAUCAUCUCCACAGUGAAACGACUUUCUCGCCAAGCGUAAUUCAAGCUGCCUUCCAUCCGCAUUAAGUGGUAGGUGUAGAUGCGCCUCAUGGUCCACCUGUAGGAGUCCCAGAGGAUUGGCUUUGUGGGAAAGAAAGGGGUGGUUUUUUCAAACCCAAACCGAUACUCUCUGCUUUAAAUGGAACUAGGAGACACCCUUCCCCUCCUAUCCCUCCCCGCACCGUGGAGGAAAGGAAUAAUAAAUAAUACUAGUAACCAUUCCACAAACCCAUUGAGGCCAGCGUCCUUCUUCUGGAGCUGCAGGGAAUAGCCCGAUCCUCAAGUUACUUAUGCCGAAGCAAGGGACUUGGGUGGCUUGGAUCCCCAUUGAGAGAGAGAAGUCGAUGGCUUGGGCUGAACUGGGUGUUUAGGGGAGAUGGACAAAACUGAUCCAAGACCCUGUUCCCCCUCUGGGGUUCCAGACUUGAGUAGGGGUAAUUGGGUCGAUGCCCUGACCUCCUUCCCUGAACCCCCACCCCCCAUUUAAAUACUAGGAAGAGAAAUCUGGUGCAAUAUAUACUCGAAUGCAAUUUUAUAUUUAAAAGAAAUACAAACUAUAUAACUAGUCGACUGUUUUCGUGGAAAUCUUGACCACCCGAAAGAGGAUUUGUUGGUUUUUUUUGGAAGUGUGGUUAAGGGAAGGAAGACAACAUUGCUCGAAGGUGUAUGGGGGGAGUGGUGAGAGGAUUGCCCCGCAUCCUAAUCGAUUGCCUAUAUCCAGCAAUGCCUUAUAGGUAUUUUAGUCUAUUAUUUUCUUAAAGAUCCGACCGGUUGAAAACAAAAUAAUAAGGGAAGGGCAGCGGGGGAGUUUGGGGAAAGGCUUUCCAACCCUCCGGCAACUGAAUCCCCGGAAAUUUGAUCUGUUUGAGGACUUUUUACAAAAACACAUACACAAAUGUUUGCAAACUUUAAGUCAAUGCAGCGAGAACUUUAAAAAAGCAAUAAAGGGGCAAACAGAUGAUAAAUAUAUUCUAUCCUUAUCUAUGCAAGUAGGUACUGAAACUAGGGGAGGGGGGAGUUUUUAAACGGAAGGAAAAGAGGGGGGAGGAAAACAACGACAAAAAAAUCCAUAUGAAAUAUUAGAAAUAUGGACCAAGAAACUCCGUGAGGUUUUCAAAAGGAAUCGUGCACUUUUUUGAUUUGGGGAAAUGGACUGUCGUAGGUUUCCCUUGUAUUUAACAAUCACUGACUUUCUGAACUACCCUUGUAACCCCAAGUAACUUAUUUUCCAAAAUUUGUGUGUCAUGCUGUUUUUUACCUGUUUUAAAAACGUUGAUGAAAAAAAGUGGAAAAAAAGAUUUUUAUGAAAUGGCAAAAAUGUUUUGUUAUGCAUGGAUAGGAGGGGGAAACGCAAAUAUGCAAAUUUUCAAGGUGAUGUUAAGAGAACAUUGAUUAUUAUGCUUAAUACUUACGUUGGCUGGUUUCUCUCUCUUCCCUCCCCCAAUAAUUAAUUCUAAGUUCUUUCUUUCUGUAAUGGGUUGGGGCGGGAGGUAUACCUUUAUGUAACAAUACCCCGUUAUAUAAAUCUCUCUAUAAAAAAACCCGCCACCUUCUAAAGACUCAAACUGGUAUAUUUUUCCCCCUACAGAGUUAUGUUUCUUUUCUGGUUCCUAGGAUGACUUUCUUUGUAGCCAAGAAAGGAUUUUAAAACAUUGUCUCACAUUCCGCCCCACUCCCCACUCUCACCGUCUGCGUAUCUUUUAAUAUGGCCUUUAUCACCUUCUACAUACCAGCAUUUAAAAAAAAAAUUCAAGCAAGGGUCAUGCAUUUCUGAUCCCUGUUUUUAAAACGAACAAAACUAGGCAACGUUUUACAAAAAAGAGAGAAGUUGUAGCCAAUAUGAAAUGUCUAUUCGACACCACCAGAAGUGCUUUUUUCGUGUAUUUCUGUUCCGUUUCCUGAAGAUGAAUAAAUAUUUAUGUGAAAUGA